AUGAUGUCGAUGAACAGCAAGCAGCCGUUCAGUAUGCACCCCAUACUGCACGAGCCCAAGUACACGCCGCUGCACUCCAGCUCCGAGGCCAUCCGCCGGGCCUGCCUGCCCACGCCGUCGCUCCAGGGCAACAUCUUCGCGGGCUUCGACGAGUCUCUGCUGCAGAGGGCCGAGGCUCUGGCCGCCGUGGACAUCGUGGCCCAGAAGAGCCACCCCUUCAAGCCGGACGCCACCUACCACACCAUGACCACGAUGACCAGCAUGACGUGCACGCCCACCUCCUCCUCCGCGCACCUGCACCACCCGUCCGUGCUCACGUCGCACCACCACCCGGGCCACCACCAGCCCGCGCAGGGCCUGGAGGGGGACCUGCUGGACCACCUGACCCCCGGCCUCUCCCUGGGCGGGAUGCCCGGCGCGGACGUGUGCUCCACGGCCUCGCACACGGCGCACGCGGCCGCCCACAUGUCCGCCAUCAACCACAUGCAGCACCACCACCACCACCCGCAGUCCAUGAACAUGCACGCGCACGGGCUGGGCUCGCACGGCUCGCUGGGGGGCGGCGCGGGCGGGGACGCGGAGCCGGACCCGCGCGAGCUGGAGUCGUUCGCGGAGAGGUUCAAGCAGAGGAGGAUCAAGCUGGGGGUGACCCAGGCGGACGUGGGGGCGGCCCUGGCCAACCUGAAGAUCCCCGGGGUGGGCUGCCUGAGCCAGAGCACCAUCUGCAGGUUCGAAUCCCUCACGCUGUCGCACAACAACAUGGUGGCCCUCAAGCCCAUCCUGGAGGCCUGGCUGGAGGAGGCGGAGCGCGCGCAGCGGGAGAAGAUGUCCAAGCCGGAGAUCUUUAACGGGGGGGACAAAAAGAGGAAACGUACGUCCAUCGCGGCCCCGGAGAAGCGCUCCCUGGAGGCCUACUUCGCCGUGCAGCCUCGGCCCUCGUCGGAGAAGAUCGCCGCCAUCGCGGAGAAGCUGGACCUGAAAAAGAACGUGGUGCGCGUGUGGUUUUGCAACCAGAGACAGAAGCAGAAACGGAUGAAGUUCUCCGCCACGCACUAA